GUUGUUGUUUGCUGCGACGCUCGCAUUGAGCAGAUUAGAACGUUUAUUUAUAAAAUUGUUUUGAUAGUAGUUGCGCGAUCACGAAUACGUUCAAACUAAAGGUCGCGCAGUGUUGGUUAUGUUUGUAAUUUAAAGUUGCAAUUGAAGUUUUAAACUAAUUUAUAACAAAGAUGAAAACCGCGUUGUUUACGAGCGCGCGAAGAUGCUUCAGUGCGAAGGUGAUUCCGCCCAUGAAGAAGGCGGUGAUAGUUUCAACCUCCAACGACAUCUUCACCAACUUGGCACUAGAGAAUUGGUUCUACAAGCAUCACAAUUUCGAAGACAACCACAUGCUCAUGCUGUGGGUGAACGAACCUUGCGUCGUGAUCGGAAGACACCAAAACCCUUGGUGCGAAGCGAACGUAUCCAAACUGCAAGACUUAGGUAUACAGUUGGCAAGGAGGAACAGCGGAGGAGGCACCGUCUACCACGACAGUGGCAACCUGAACUUAACAUUCUUCACGCCGUUUGACCAUUACAAUAGGAAAACCAACCUGGAAAUAAUAUCCGCAGCAAUAUACAAGAGAUUCGGCCUGGACGUGGAGAUCAACUCCAGAGAAGAUCUCACCUUAAGAAAUUACAAAAUUUCGGGAACCGCCUCGAAACUGGCGAGGACGUGCGCCUACCACCAUUGCACGUUACUGGUGAACGCGAACGUCGAUCAUUUGCGGAAAUCGCUCAAACCGUCCGACUGGGAGAUCAAAACCAAAGCCACGAAAUCGGUGAAAUCGAAGAUCAUCAAUUUAUCCGAAGAAAACCCGGACGUAAAUGUGGAAGAACUAUUAAAGACUGUAGGAAUUCGUUAUUUGAACCACAACAAUGCGGCGCUUUUGAAAGCUGAUACCGUGCAUAAAAUGAGCAACGUUAACAGCGAAUUCUCCAUAGCGAAUCCGUCGUACGUAUCGAACGAAAUCAACUUUGAUAGCGGAAAGUUUCAUUUGGUGACGCCCAACGAACAGAACUUUCCCGGUUUGGAAGAGAUGCGCUCCGAGUUCGCGGAUUGGCCUUGGAUUUACGAGAGAACGCCGGAAUUCACCGUGACGAAGAACUUCAAGAUCGAAGCGAAACUUAAACCGGAGUCGACGCAUUCACCGGGAAUCGUGUUCACCCAGAGCAGGACUUACGUUUUCCAGGUGAACGUGAAGGUGGAGAAAGGACGAGUUUCCGAAAUCAACAUCCAAGUGCCCAACAACUACUCGGGCAUGGAUCUGAACGAGAAGCUGGACACGCUUAAAGACGCGAGAGGCGUCAAGUACAGCGAUUACCUUCUGGACUUCAUCGAGAGGAUAUUCCGCGAGGACGAUACGGACGACAUCGAGAUGGAAAAGCAGACGGCGUUUAAACGCAGUUAAACCGAAUCUCCUUUAGCUUCGUUCAUAGUGAAAUUAUUAAUAAACUUACCA